AUGAUUAACUCUCUGCAGAAUCAAACUGGUGCGAACUGGAGAACGGAAUCGGUUAUCAUUUCUCUGGUCUUCUCGCUCAUCUUCUUGGUCGGUACCUUGGGGAACGGAUUGGUCCUCACUGUCCUCCUCUGGAACAGACAGAUGAACACCAAAACAACAAACCUGUUUAUUCUGAACCUCGGCGUGGCAGACCUGUGCUUUAUAGUGUUCUGCGUACCUUUUCAAGCCACUAUCUACACUAUGGAUGAAUGGGUAUUUGGACCGUUCUUGUGCAAAGUCGUACACUUUAUCAUCUACCUUACCAUGUAUGCCAGCAUCUUUACGCUCACCGCUGUGUCGUUGGACAGGUAUCUGGCCAUCCGCUACCCUCUCCGUUCCAGGGAGAUGAGGACCCAUCGUAACGCCCUGACGUCCAUCUGUGUGGUCUGGGGUUUGUCCCUGGUCUUCUCUGGCCCGUACCUGAGCUAUUACCGACAGAUGGACUUGGACGGCACCGUGGUCUGCAUCCCCGCCUGGCAGAUCCAGGACAGGCGCCUCAUGGACGUCUGCACCUUCUUCUUCGGCUACCUCAUCCCUGUCCUCAUCCUCAGCCUAACCUACGCCAGAACCAUCUGCUACCUGUGGACCACGGUGGACCCCAUGAAGGACAUGUCUGAGUCCAGGAGAGCCAAGAGGAAAGUCACCAAGAUGAUUAUUAUCGUAGCGGUGCUCUUCUGCCUCUGCUGGCUUCCCCAUCACCUGGUUAUACUGUGUAUGUGGUUUGGUCACUUUCCACUAAACCACACCACCUAUAUACUCCGUAUUCUCUCCCACCUGGUGGCCUAUGCUAACUCCUGCCUUAACCCUAUAGUGUAUGCCCUGGUGUCCAAACACUUCCGGAAGGGAUUCCGGAAGGUGUUUGACUGUGCGUUGAGUAAGAGGGUGGUGAACCGGGUGCAUGUGAUUCAGGCGGCGCACCCUGUCAGUACGGUGGAGGUGGGGUCCAGUGAGACGUCCAAUCAGAGCCAGGGGUCACAGCGUCGAGAUAGGGCCGGACUAACCACAUCUGGGGCCCUGGGAAAGAAGAAUUUGGAGGCUCCCCUCAUGGCAGUGGAGAGAUUUUAUUUUUAAGCUAGACUCAGGGGUAGCUGUAACAUAGAAAAUCUCUCCCUCCAU